AACAGUUAUAAAAACUACAAAAUGAAGGCCCGACAGUUUGCCGACGCUGUAUCCAGUGUUUACCAGUCCUAUCACAUGGACCCUGAUUAUACUGUCAACUCUGAACGAAUCAAGGAAGCACAUAUCAUAGUCCAAGACACGCGGAUGGAGAUAAUGUCGCUUCUGUCAGCUGGAACGCUGACUGAUGCCAAAGUCGAGCUGCUGAUAAAGAAAGUUGGCAAAUGUCUGAUGAUCAUCCAAUCGUUCUACAGCAAUACAAACUGGGUCGAGAUGAACGGUGGAACACCUUAUUUAGAUUUUGGUUCACUGGCGACACUGCAGUUGAUGCAGAUAGCCUCGACGGAUGAAGCAACUUGUAAUUCUUGUGACGACAGAAGUUCCGCAUUAAGAUUAGGUUCCUGUGAUUCCAACUUGUUGGUCACUGAUCGUCUCACCAGUGGAUAUUGGUAUGGUCAGAAUCACUCUCCAAAACCGUCAGCUGACCCAGCCAGCGUCAAAGGAAAGUGUAGCCAUGGUGGCCUGAGGGAUUCUGGGAAGGAUACUCCGGCGACAGGGGGUAUCAAUAAGGAGACUACUGACAGGAAUCUUUCGCCACAUUCUCAUCUCCAUCCCCAAGCUUCUGAGGCUGCAAUCCAAGCUACAGUAGAGUUCUUCAUACAUUCAACAAGUGGAAUACUCACAGACAUCGAUCAAGAUAAAAUUCUAAACCUUUUUGGAUUGCAAAGGAAAUCGAGAACAUCUCUUGGAUUUGCUAUCGACGUCAGUGGGUCCAUGAGCAAUGAUAUAGCACAUGUGAAGGCGGUGUUAAGUAAAAGAGUCAACGAAGAAAGAGUGGGUACUAUCGAACCAAGCAAAUAUGUGUUAGCUACAUUCAAUGACCCCGAAAGUUUGACUACAGUUGCCAGUACAGUUGAUGGUGAUGAAAUGAUUCGAUGGCUUGAUGCACUUUCUGUCAGUGGAGGGGGUGAUUGUCCAGAAUAUGCAAUAUCUGGAUUGCUGGCUGCUAUAGAACUCUCGGAAUUAAAUUCUGUAAUCAUUGUUGCCACUGACGCCGACGCUAAAGAUACAUAUAAUGCUGCCACUGCUGUGGGUGCUGCAAAUGCAAAAGGGAUAAAAGUUGAAUUUCUACUUACCGGAUCAUGUUCUCGACGACGCAGAUAUGUUCCAUUAAGACACAAAAGAGAUCUGGCGACGUUCCAAAGUAUUGCUGGUGGUACCGGAGGAACUGUGUAUCGAAUUGGUAGUAGUGAACUCCCCACAAUUCUUGAUAAGUUGCUCGAGGAAAGCUUUACGCCCUCUACAUCGGUAAUGGACUAUUUUGUCCAGACAACAUCAGAAGGCCACUCGAUGGAUGUAUAUGUAGACAGUGAAAUAGACAGCCUUGUAAUCACAAUCUCGGGUCCCUACAGUCUAACGGAAGCGUCCUUAGCAGACCCAACAGGAACCGUGGAUAUUUUUUCUACAGGAAACGCCACUCGGUCAUAUUCCAGUUCCAGCAUCACUAUGACGAUACAGAAUCCGACGCCCGGUACCUGGGUACUGACUCGCUCUGCAAUUAGACAGUGGGAAGUCAACAUUAAUGUGUACAGCGAUUUAGAUAUAGACUUCCAGCUUAUAGAGACGGACGACUCGGGGAUAUACUACGUAUCCAACAGAAACCCAAUAAUAGGCGAAAACUACACACUGGCCGUGGAAGUCUACAAUCUGAACUCCGCCGCGUCAUCAUUUGCUAUGAACAUUCUUGACGAGGACGGAACUGUAACUGUCACCGCCCCGAUUAACAUCACGUUUUUACCGUCUAUAACCACUGGCUAUACUUCAAUCGAGAUCCCUUCUACAAACUUUUAUGUCCAAUUGAGUGGGAUUGAUCAGAAUGGCUACCAGUUCAAAAGAAUGGUAGGGACAUUAGUCACUCCGGUCGCUGUGGAUUUGUUCGUACAACCAAUUUAUGGAAACCUUGCCAUCGGAACACCUCAGGACGUUACCUAUACACUGCGUAACCUGGGUGACACUACAGAAACAUACACCGUUACUAUCGUCGAUGAUAAGGGACGCGUCUUGUCUCCAUCGUCAAGACUUCACAGUGUCAACGCAGGGAAGAACAUAACUGGGACCUUUCAGUUAUCCAGCAUCGUCGAAUUGGAAUACAUCACCUAUACAGUCAGUGUCAACGUUCAUGGAUCAUCCAUUGUUCUCCAGUCAACGACAUACACAGCCAUGUUCACUGGGCCGUUCUGUUCAUCAGUGAUGGCGUCACCUAAAUGCAACCAGGCCAUUGCCGAGAGUAGCAAUUGUUCGACGUUUACGUGGUCUGCCACUGCUGUGUUUUCGUUUGACGUAUGGAUAUUCCAAGUCGCCGAUGACGUCACAGUAACAAUUGACGGUGUCGACAGCACACGUCUUCAUAUCAAUGGAAAUUGCUGUGUUAGAAAUUUUACAGUAAAUGCGUCCCCAUCAACCGGAAGUGGUUGCCAGGUGUCACAGUUGGUAACCACAUCAACGUCGUAUGAAUUGGUGGUUAAUGACAACAGCAAGGAUGACGAUGAGGACAUAUACUUAACUGAGGACACAGGUACUAAUAUCGGGCUGAUCGUUGGGGUACUACUUGGAGUAGGCGUCCUCGUACUGGCUGUAACAGGCUUAUUGAAGUACGUCUCACGGAAAACGGAUGCUGUGAAAGAGGAUGGCGUGAUAGAAUUUAAAGACGAAACGCAUGCCGACACUUCACAGAGAACGCGAUUCGAUCCAAAGUUACUUGAUCCCAAAUCACUACAGUAUCAUAAUGAUGUUAACGUCAUUUCCGCCUGAGGCUACAAGGCUGAGUUGGAGUACCACUAACCUUGGCGAAGGACGUGGACAAUCUCGAAUGUAGAUGUGUGAUAAGUACUGUAGCUAGAUUACAGUACGACGACAUGGAAUCUUUUUGAUGACAUACUUUUGGGACAAACAAUCGUGUACCAACUUACCAAAGGGAUGUUUUUAUCUAAAACAAUUUCAUGUGUAUGUUUUCUGUCCUGUGUUUUCCUCGAGUCCGUAAUCCAUCCGUAACAAUUGUUAUAUAUUUGACUUCCUCUUGAUCAAUUGACCUUUACACUGAAUGUUGUAUAUGCCUUUUAGGUCAUCUAACCAAAAGGUGAGGAUGACCUAUUGCCAUCGUGUUCCGUCCGUCGUCGUCCGCCUUGCGUAAGACUUUUUCUUUCAAAAUGCUACUCCUCCUUAACCCUUGGGUGGAUUACUUCCAAAUUAGGUGUGGAAUAUUAUUGGGGAAGGGCUAUCACAGUUUUUAUAAAUGAUGCUUGUGGUGCCCGUGGGGACAGAAGAGUGAUGCCCCAAAAGGAGAACUUAACACAAAUUUUGCUUUAAAAUCGUACUUCUUAAUGCCUUUAUUGAUUACAACCGAAUUUGGUUUGAAACAUUUUAAGGGAACAGCAAUCAUAAUUUAUAUAAAUGAGAUAGGUCUGAGCCCUUGGGAAAGAAUGAUGGGGCAACCAAAAGGAACACUUAGGUAAAAUAUCGCUUUAAAAUGCUACUCCUCAUUAAUGCCUUAAUUGAUUAAAAUAAUAUUUAGUAUGAAACAUCAUUGGGGAAGUGAAAUCCCUAAUUGAUAUAAAGGAGGCUUGUUCGACCCAUUAGGACACAGGGACAUGCCCCCCAAAUGGGAACUUGGCUGAAAUUCUGCUGUAAGAUGCUGCUCCUCCUUAAGCCAAAAAGGAUACAAACCAGAUUUGAUCUGAAACAUAACUGUCUGCGUGUAAAUAAGUUAUGAUAAUGAUGCUGGAUUGAGUGGUGUGUUCCAUGCUUUAAGUGGUUGCCAGAUGACCGUUAAGGCCCAUGGGCCUCUUGUUUCUAAUUAGUCAUUCAACAUUUCUCGGUUACUGAUUUGAUAACAUAAAUUAUGUAGACACAAAUAAUAUAAUGACGUCAUACACAUACUUUAUAACGUCACGAUCAGUUUUCAACGAGAAAUAUUAGUUUAUUAGUUUGGGAAACAUACGCCUAUCUGUCGGAGAGACCCGGGUUUAAUGAUAAGUAUUAUUGAUUUAUAUUUACAAUAUUUUCAUAUCAUUAGCUGAAGAGUGUUGUGUAACAUUCGACAAUGAUUUUCAUACAAUGAUUAUAUGAAUUUAGCUAUAAUCGUUUGUUUUUACUGUCUUCAGCUCGCUAUGUUAACAAUAAAGUGUGAGUUCUGAUUUCUCAUCCAGUGUUAACGCUAUGUUAGGCCUAUUACUAUAUAUAUUUUUUCUUCAUUGUUUUGAAUUUCAUCAAUAAUAAACUUCGUAAAAGACUUGA